GGACUCCAGAGGGCUGGCCCAUGUCUGGCGUGUAGAGGAGCCUCGCUACCAGGCUUCCUGUUUCUUCACAUCUGUGAAGACCUGGCAAAGACAUAGCAAAACUCUCUUCCUCACUAGGCUCGCACCCUGACAGACACACCUGUGCACGAAGCAGAGCGAAGAAGGGCUGGCCAGAGACUCAGAUCCCCAGCGACUCAAGUCGGUCGACUUUAGCAAGGCCACAAUGUACCAAGGAAUCUCUUUCAGGCACUUGCUCCUGGUGCUGCAGCUGGUGCAACUGCCAGCUGUCACUCAAGGGAAGACUGUGUUGCUGGGCAGAGAAGGGAAGUCAAUAGAGCUGCCUUGCGACGGUUCCCAGCGGAAGAGCGCGGUGUUCACCUGGAAGCUCUCAGACCAGACGAAGAUUCUGGGAAAUAAUAAGCAGAGUAACUUUGUGGCUAGAGCCCAGAGUGAGCGGUUUAGCCGUUUCGACUCAAGAAAAGCUGCGUGGGACCGAGGAUCAUUCCCUCUCGUCAUCAAUAAACUUAAGGUGGAAGACUCCAACACUUACAUCUGUGAGGUGGAGAACAAGAAGACAGAGGUGGAAUUGUGGGUGUUCAAACUGACUGUCAGUCCGGAUGUCCGCCUGCUGCAGGGACAGACUCUGACGCUGCGCUUGGAUAGCAGCUCUAAAGUCACUAACCCCUCAAUGAAGUGCUCAGGCCCAGGGGAUAGAGUUGUCACAGACUCCAGAGUCUACUCUGUGCCCAACCUAAGGAUUCAGGACAGUGGCAUCUGGACCUGCAUCGUAACCCAGAACCAGAAAAAGGAAACAGUCAACAUAGACAUCUCAGUGCUGGGUUUCCAGAAGACAUCUACCACAGUCUAUACGAGGGACGGGGAGUCCGCGGAGUUUUCCUUCCCACUUAACUUCGGAGAUGAAAACCUGCAGGGGGAGCUGAAGUGGAGGACAGAGAAGGACCCCUCCCCCAGCCCCUGGGUCACCUUUUCCCUGGAGAACAGGAAAGUGACCAUGGCCAAGGACACCCGCAAGCUCCAGAUGGCUGAAGAGCUCCCACUCCGCCUCAAGAUACUCCAGGUCUCGCUGGAGAACGCUGGCUCUGGGAACCUGACUCUAACUCUGGCCAAAGGAACCCUGCAUCAGGAAGUGACCCUGGUGGUGCUGAAAUUGACUCAGAACAAUAACAUUCUGACCUGUGAAGUGAGGGGACCCACCUCCCCCAAGAUGAGACUGACCCUGGUGCCGGAGAAACAGGAGGCCAGGGUCUCCAAGCAGGAGAAGGUGGUUGAAGUGCCGGACCCCGAGGCAGGGCUGUGGCGGUGUGUACUGUAUGAAGCAGAAGAGGUCAAGAUGAAUGCUGAUAUCCAGGUUUCAUCCAGAGGGCUGAACCAGGACCAGCCCAUGUUCCUGGCCAUCGUGCUGGGGGGCACCUUCAGCUUUCUGGCCUUCAUGGGGCUCUGCAUCCUCUGCUGUGUCAAGUGCCGACACCAACGGCUCCCCCUUCCCCCCCCUCCAAGGGGCACCUCCCUCCUGGAGGACUGGGACCCUCACAACUCUUCUCCUUGUCCCUGGACAGCGCCAGGCAGAACGGAUGUCUCAGAUCAAGAGGCUCCUGAGUGAGAAGAAGACCUGCCAGUGCUCCCACCGGAUGCAGAAGACUCAGAACUUCAUUUGAGGCCUAGGCCCCAUCGCAGCCUGCCAACGGUGUCUUGUCUCCUCUGCCGAGGCCUGUGGACCAGACGAAUGUAGUGCAGCCAGUGCCUCCAGCCUCGGCCCUACUCUUCCGUAGCUGGCCACUGUUUCUCUCCCUCUAUUCCUGAGCCAAAAGUAGAGCCUGCUCUCCCCUAUUCAGACACUCAAACGCACCAUUCGUUUUCCCAGCUUCCUUCCCCCCAAGCCCCCUUCUCCGACUGUUGUGCAGUCUCUCCAGAGUCCGCUUGGAUCUAAGGGCGGAGCACAGAACCAGCCCCGCCUGGCACGGAUGGUGGGGCUGGUGUGUGGGAAUACACAGCGCAGUUUACAAGUCAGGGUCCUGGGACUGAACCGAGUGGGGACUUGUGUAGAUCACACGGCCUUCCAGGGGCAGAUGUAGACCCCAAAGCUUCUGAACCCUGCUUGAACUCCCCCUGCUGCCGGCUUCUUACUUGGUGUCGGCAAGACCAGACUCACGCUCGCACCAACACACACCCGGGCCACAUACCCUUCAGUUAGCCACACCCUCGCCCACGGUUAAUCUAUAAGCCAGCUUAAUGUCCUCGGUAUUCAACCCUUACAGAAACCUUACAUGUGGGCAAGUAAAAUGGCUCAGCAGCAAAAGCUCUCACUGCCCAGCCUGAGACCCGAGUUCAAUCCCUGAGGAUGGAAGGAAAGACCUGACUCUCAAAAGUUGUCCUCCACUCCUGUGCCAUGGCCCUAAUGGACACACACACACACACACACAGAGAGAGAGAGAGAGAGAGAGACAGAGACAGAGACAGAGAGAGAGAUCCUACGAGCUGGCAGAGAUGACCAAGAAAUGACCAGUCAUCUCCAAUAAAAUGUAACAAAGGUUGAACAACUACCCAAGGGUACACAGUUAACCGUGUGGAUGUCAGGACUAACCCAGGCCUCCGGAUCCCUGGAGCCACUAUCUGUAACACAGUGAAUGCCAGGCAGAUCUCUGGAGCUAGCCACAGGCACCAGUAUGCUCUUCGGAAGCACAGGGGCACGCACCCGCAGGACGCCCUGUGUCCAGUCAGCGGGAGGAUGGAGGAGUGAUCCUUGUUUGGAAUCCCUCCUUGACCACUGCUGUUUGUGGAUUCCUUUACCCAAGGACCAAACUCCAGUUCUCUCAGAGCAAGGCUGAGAGACAUGUGCAGACCUGCCACUCACUGAGUGCGAGCCCGAAAGUGAGCUGUGUUGGGGUCCUUAGAGAAGACCCUUGGGGAAGGAGACUGCGCCUUCCGCCUUUGCCACACACCGGGGGAAGCAGGGCUGUAAGCAUUCUCCCUGCCAGUCUCGGUCUGUUUCUCUCAGAGUCUCGGCCUCCUAGUCUCUCUCAGCUUCCUGCCAUAGCACCUCCUUUCUCCCCUCCCAACACAUUCCUUCAUCCCCCUCUUUUCUCUCCAGAUGACCUCUUCCAGAAAGACCCCUCCCCCUCCCCCCAGGCUCCUCAUUGCUUACUUUUUAUUUGCGUUCACUCCCCACUCCUGCUUCCUCAGCUAACAAAAAAAUAAAGACUAAGUAAAAUGCA